AUGUCCGAGGAAGUUAUUGAGCAAAAGACUGAAACAAAAAAAGUUGAAACGGUUAACCACCAUGUUAGGGUUGAUGAACAGAUUGAAUACCUCGUUAGAAAUGAUCCGAAUAUUAGUGUGACCAGGUCAUCAAACAGAAAUAACACCUUGGGAGAGGGUGCAGAUAGAUCUGGACUGGAUCUUCUUCCACCAGAGGCCAGAAAGAGAAUGGAAGAAGACGGAAUCAAUCUUGAAGGAGGAUAUCCUGAGAUUCCAGAUCGGUCACAUAUCCCAGUCUACGUAGAUCAAGCAUAUGCGAUAAGGAAUCAUGAUUUGCCAUACACGGAAAGAGCGAAGAAUGCCGAUCCGAAUAAAAAAGCGUUGUUUGGAGCAGCAAAAGAAGUUCAUAAUUUGACUAAACAUAUUGGAACCGAAAUUGUCGGUCUUCAGUUAAAGGAUUUAACUGACAAGCAAAAAGACGAACUUGCUUUAUUGGUUGCAGAAAGGGGCGUUGUCUUUUUCCGCAACCAAAAGCUUCCUCCUAGAAAGCAGAAGGAACUUGGUGAAUAUUGGGGUAAUGUUGAAGUUCACCCACAAGCACCUCACGUUCCUGGUCUUCCUGGAGAAACUGUUAUCUGGGUUGAUUACUGGAGGAAGCAUGGAAUGAACAUAAAUUUUAAAAAUUGUGACUACGGAAACUUUGAUAGGGUCCGUUAUGGACGUAUGGGUAAUGAAACCUGGCACACGGAUUUAGUUCACGAGAGACAGCCAGCAGGAAUCACUCACUUACAUUUGGAUUCUAUUCCCAAUGUCGGAGGUGACACAUUGUGGGCUUCGGGUUAUGCCGCUUAUGACAAGCUUUCGGAAGAAAUGAAAAAGUUUUUGGAUGGUAAAAAAGCUGUGUAUGAAUCUGCACAUUCAUAUCUUGAUCGAAAUGAUCCAUUUGGUGGCAGGAAGAAAAUUGAAAGAGUGCAUCCUUUAGUGAGAACAAAUCCUGCAACAGGAUGGAAGACGUUGUUUGUUAACAGAGCAAUGACCAAGAGAAUAGUCGGCUUGACACCUGUGGAAUCUGAUGUUAUUUUGAAUUAUUUAUUUGACGUUUACGAAAAGAAUGCUGAUAUUCAAGUUAGAUUUAAUUGGAAAUCAGACCCAGGUUACGGUACCUCGGCUAUUUGGGAUAACAGAUCUACUCAGCAUAGAACAGUGUGGGAUCAUGAAGGUUUGGAGCCAAGACAUGGUACGAGGGUCACAUCUUUGGCUGAAAUCCCUUACUUUGAUCCACAAUCUAAGUCUCAAAGAGAGGCAUUGGGGUUGCCUAUUACUAAGGAAGAAUGA